AUGCCAUCGUUUUUUAGAAGUUACCGUUUUAUUAUCGGUGCCUUCGCGGCCAUAAUGUUACUGUUGCUUAUCAGGUCAUCCACAACAGAAUCCACUAUAGAUAUCGCUAGAACAGUUGCGUCGACUGCAUCCAGACCAUCUACCCCACAAGAUGUUAAUGCCUUACCAAUAAGUAAUGAACCAGGCUAUGUUUCUGAUUCUAAAACUGAACAAAAUAAUCCAGAAGUUGCUACUUUAGUGGAAGAAUCUACUAAUAAAAAAUCCAAAUGUAAUAAAGAUCAUGAAUAUGUUGUUAUGAUCGAUGCUGGUUCUACCGGAUCUAGAGUCCAUGUUUAUGAAUUUGAUGUCUGUUCUCAACCACCUGCUUUAAUCAACGAGUCCUUUAAGAUGUUGAAGCCUGGUCUUUCAUCGUUUGAUACAGACGCAGAAGGUGCUGCUAAAUCUUUGGAUCCAUUGUUACAAGUUGCUUUGGACGCUGUGCCAGAAAAGAAACGUUCCUGUACCCCUGUAGCAGUUAAGGCUACCGCAGGUUUAAGAUUAUUAGGUGAUACUAAAUCAGCUAAGAUUUUGCAAGCUGUCAGAUCACAUUUGGAGAAGGAUUAUCCAUUUGCAGUUGUUGACGGUGAUGGUAUUUCUAUCAUGAGUGGUGAUGAAGAAGGUGUUUACGCAUGGGUAACCACCAAUUAUUUACUAGGUAACAUUGGUACUGGUUCCAAGCUUGCCACAAGUGCUGUCUUUGAUUUGGGUGGUGGUUCCACACAAAUUGUCUUUGAACCUACUUUCCCACCUAAUGAAGAAAUGGUUGAUGGAGAACACAAAUACGAAUUAAGGUUUGGUGGACAAGAUUACAGUUUAUAUCAAUUCUCUCAUUUAGGUUAUGGGUUAAUGGAAGGUAGAAACAAGAUCAACCAACUUCUUGUGGAAACAGCUAUUAAGGCUGGGACUAUAAAAAAAGGUGACUAUACCCCAUCUGUGGCAUUACAUUCUCCAUGUCUUCCACCUAAUGUUAAUGUAACUCAAGAGAAGGUUAAAUUAUCUAGCAAAGAGACAUACGUGGUCGAUUUCAUUGGACCUAAGGUUGCCUCAGGUGCCCAAUGUAGAUUCCUAUCUGAUCAAAUCUUAAAUAAGGAUGCCAAGUGUACUACCAAACCAUGUUCUUUCAAUGGUGUUCAUCAACCCUCAUUAGUGCACACUUUCAAAGAAACUAAUGACUUGUACAUCUUUUCCUAUUUCUACGAUAGAACUCAUACUUUGGGUAUGCCAUUAUCUUUCACUUUGAAUGAACUAGCAGAUUUAGCCAAGAUGGUUUGUGAUGGUGAAGACACCUGGGAAAGCGUCUUGAGUGAAAUUGAUGGCUCUUUGGAUGCCUUGGUUAAGGAUCCAUAUUUCUGUCAAGAUCUUUCAUUCCAAGUCUCCUUGCUACAUACUGGUUAUGACAUCCCAUUACACAGAGAAUUGAAGACAGCAGAAACCAUUGCCGGAAAUGAACUGGGAUGGUGUCUGGGGGCCUCUUUACCUUUGUUAGAAUCCGAUAAUUGGAAAUGUAGAGUGGACAAGCUUCAAUAG